AUGGCAAGCGGUUUGGUUGCUGUGGUGAUUCUAUUCUCUCUCUUCUGUGUAAGAGAGCUACAAUCAGAAAGUAUCAGACAGUUUCAGACGUACCAUGACAGUACAGGUCAUACGUUCAAAGUGACAAACACACCCUGUCAGCAGACAAUUAAUACAACUGACGUCAUCAUAAACUGUACAGGUCUUUCACUGGAUCGUGUUAAUUCAAGUUGGUUUCCUUUAAAUACAACAGUUAUUGUAUUGGAUUACAAUCUUUUGACAGAAAUAAAAAACGAAACGUUUAAAAACUUAACACACUUACGUUUGUUAAGUAUAAGAUAUAAUAAAAUAUACAAGAUACACACAAAUGCAUUUUCUGACCUUAUUAAUCUGGAAGUCCUAAACCUAGAGUAUAAUGCUCUGGAGUUUGAUAACAACAGCUAUCCAGAGGGCAUAUUUUCUCCACUCAUUAAUUUAAAGGAACUCUAUCUGAGACAAGACCAAGAUUGCACCAAGAGUGAAUACCCUUCAUGUUUUCUUUGUCCACUAACAAAUCUGACCACUCUGUCUAUAGACAGUGUAGGAGAAACAGUCAACUUUGGACCAGAGUUUAACAAACUUGGUAAACUCACAAACAUUUUUCUGAGUGUUUGUUCUAAUUCUAUUUCUGAAAGCACGUUUAAAAAUUUAAAUCAUUUGAAGGAAUUAAAAAUAGAUGGCUCGGGUACCUUGUCUAAUUUUAGCAACAAGGCCCUAUCCUAUUUGCCUUUGUUAGAUAGCUUUACUCUCAUGUAUGUAAAUGCAGGGAAAAAACAAGCUUUACAAAUUCUUCAACCACUAGUAGGAAGAAAUAUGACUUUGAUCAAAUUUUUAAGAGUUAUUUUAGGUGCCCCCACAGGAUUUACGAGUAAUUCAAUCCAAGACGAUGUGCUCGAUAUAGAAAAAACCAAGUAUCUUAUACAAAUUUGUGUCCGACGAUUUGAAUUCAUUUAUUCUUCUCUAUUUAUUCUUGAUCAAAAUGCUUUAGUUAGUGAAACCUGGCAUUCGUGUCUAGAAUAUUUGGACUUAUCUGAAAAUAGAUGGAUUGGGAGUAACUUAGGGCUUAUCAGAUUAUUAACUUUAAGAAGCUUACAAAAUGUGUAUGCCCACGGUUCUUCAAACGGACCUGCCACGCCAAGUAAGUUUAAAAUAUCUGACUACUAUCUGUCUGAGAAUGAACAUCUACACAAGUUAAAGUCACAGAAAACUCCAAAUAUAAUAUAUGAUGAAAUUAUUGUCAAGAGAAAAAACAAUACGAAAUUGAAAAGUAUUAUAUUUUAUGGGUCCAAAUCAUUGAAAUAUCUUCACAUAGGACAAUUGAUGGACGGCGCUAAUUUAGAUAUCAAUAUCUCAUUUGUUGGAAUGGAAAAUGUAGAAUAUCUCGAUGCUUCUGAUAAUGGAUUUCAAUUCGCUACAGGUAGAAUUGAAGGUUUAACAAAAAUUAAAACAGUGUUAUUUUCAGGAAACGAUUUCUCAGAUUUUUCUCCAACAUUUUUAGACUCAUUUUCAGCAGUUGAAAACUUAGGUUUGGCAAACUGCAGAUUUGACUUAAAUAGUUUUCAAUCUAACAGCUUAAGAAUUUUUAUGAAUUUAAAAUCACUAAAGCUUCUCGAUUUAUCUUUAAAUUCUCUAAGUUUUAUCGCACCAAAUACUUUUUCUACUAACCCUAACAUGACAGAAGUUUAUCUUGUAACCAACAGGUUUACUGAAAUUCCUUUCAACCUUAAGCUGACACCAAACUUGCGGGUACUUGACCUUAGUGAAAAUGCUAUUUCGACAUUGGAGGAAGACAUAACAAUGGAACUUGAUGAAUUGGCUGAGAGAAACGGAAAAUUAAGUUUGCGUUUAGCUGGAAAUAUUUUAUCAUGUGGUUGUGAGAACUUCUAUUUCAUCAAAUGGAUUCUUACAACACACGUAGAAAUAGAUUUUGAUUCCAAUUUGUUGUGUGUCAACGAAUCUGGUUUGUAUUCUCAACUAGAUAAACAUUGGAAUGUUGGUACAUUUUGGCGUCAGUGUGUGGGUCAGCAAUAUCUUUAUGUCUCUGUUGUUAUUUUGUGCGUCAUCGUUAUUAUAUUUUUGGGGUCUUUUGUUGUCAUGCGGUGUAAACUGUACAUUAUGGCUUAUGUUGCUCAAAUACUUGGCACUGUACCACGUAGAAGAUUAACAGAUUUUCAAAACCACGUAUUUAUAGUUUCAUCUCCCAACGAUGACUUUUUUACAUUUUUAAGCAACUAUUUACAUCAAACUUUUUUUCUGAACACUCGAGACUUCAGAGAUCUUGAUCCAGGACGUCCAGAAUAUGAAGGUUUGUGUGCUGAGAUCAACGCCACCUGGCGUGUAAUUCUAGUUAUAACAAAAGAGUUUUUUCACGACAAUAAUUUCCAGAUGCACUGCAACCUAGUGUUGAACAGUAUGUCACAUGACAACCCGGGAAAGGUGCUUCUACUUUAUGAAAGAAACGUACAGCUAAAUGUUGAUUUAAUUAAAGCGAUUGGUGAAGAUAAUAUCCUCGAAGUUCCAUUAUGGCAGAUGACACCAAAUAUGGAUGAGUUUUUGUAUGACAGAAUAUUUAUUGAUUGUUAA